GCUCGCGUUUCUCCAUGUGUGAACCACUGUAACGCUGGAACCGGCACGAGGGUGGCUGCAGGGAUGAAGUUCGCUUACAAGUUUUCCAACUUGCUGGGUACAGUCUACCGCCGUGGAAACCUGAAUUUUACUCCAGAUGGAAACUCUCUGAUUAGUCCUGUAGGAAACAGAAUUACUGUCUUUGACUUGAAGAAUAACAAGUCUGAAACAUUACAAGUGGCAACCCAAUACAAUGUCGCAUGCGUCGGACUCUCUCCAAAUGGAAAUCUUGCUAUACUAGUUGAUGAAGAGGGAGCUGCCUUGCUUGUCAGCUUGAUCAGUAAAUCUGUGAUCCAUCGGUUCCAUUUUCAGAAACCUGUGCAUAGUGUCUGCUUUUCCCCAAAUGGAAAGAAAUUUGUUGUCACAAAGGACAAAGUGGCUAUGAUGUAUCAUGCCCCAGGGAAAAAGCGAGAAUUUAAUGCAUUUGUCCUUGACACAACGUAUUAUGGUGCAUAUGAUGAAACAACAUGCAUUGAUUGGACUGAUGAUUCCAAAUGUUUUGCAGUAGGCAGCAAGGAUAUGUCAACGUGGGUAUUUGGAGCAGAACGAUGGGCCAACCUGAUUUAUUACGCACUGGGAGGUCAUAAGGAUGCAAUUGUUGCCUGUUUUUUUGAAGAACACAGUCUAGACUUGUACACAAUUAGCCGAGAUGGCGCUUUGUGUGUGUGGCAGUGUGAUACGGAGCUAGAUGGUUUGAAAACUAGACUGCCCAAAGACCAAUCUGAAGACAAGGAGGAAUUGGCCAAAGACCAAGGUGAAGAAUUGACGGAAGCACAGAAAGGCAAAGAGGUUCAUGGGAAAGCCAGUGCAAAUGAAAAGGAGAGCAGAAAAAAAGUGAAAUACUUUUGUGCUGCCAAACACUUUUUCAAUAAAGAAGGGGACUUUAAUACCCUGACAGCUGCAGCUUACCACAAGAAAAUCCACCUGCUAGUCACUGGCUUUGCUUCUGGUAUUUUUCACCUUCACGAGCUUCCAGAGUUCAAUCUCAUCCAUUCUUUAAGCAUUUCGGACCAGAGGAUUGCGUCCAUUUCUAUCAAUAGUACUGGUGACUGGAUUGCCUUCGGAUGUGCAGGUCUGGGGCAGCUCCUGGUGUGGGAAUGGCAAAGCGAGUCCUAUGUGCUGAAGCAGCAAGGUCAUUUCAACAGUAUGGGGUCACUCGCAUAUUCUCCAGAUGGGCAGUAUUUGGUUACUGGUGGGGAUGAUGGAAAAGUGAAGGUGUGGAACACCAGUAGUGGUUUCUGCUUUGUCACCUUUACAGAACAUACCAGCAGCAUAUCUGCUGUAACAUUUACCACCUCAGGCUACGUAAUUUUGAGUGCUUCCCUAGAUGGAACAGUGCGAGCUUUUGAUUUGCACAGAUACCGCAAUUUCCGCACCUUUACUUCCCCACGACCAACCCAGUUCUCUUGCUUGGCUGUGGACUCCAGUGGUGAGAUUGUUUCAGCUGGUUCACAGGAUUCUUUCGAAGUAUUUGUGUGGUCAGUGCAGAGUGGAAGACUCUUGGACGUGUUAGCUGGUCAUGAAGGCCCCAUCAGCAGCCUCUGUUUUAACCCAAUGAAGUGUGUCCUAGCAAGUGCCUCUUGGGAUAAGACAGUCAGAUUAUGGGAUAUGCUGGAUAGCUGGAGGACUAAAGAAACAUUGGCACUAAACUCAGAUGUGCUUGCAGUUGAUUUUCGCCCGGAUGGCAGUGAACUUGCAGUUGCUUCCCUGGAUGGACAGAUAACUUUCUGGGAUCAUGAAAAUGCAGUGCAGACUGGAUCAAUUGUGGGGCGACAUGAUCUACAGAUGGGGAGGAAGGAGCUGGACAAAAUAACCGCCAAGCAAGCUGCAAAGGGGAAAUCCUUUACUACUCUGUGUUACUCAGCUGAUGGGCAGUGUAUUCUAGCAGGGGGUUUGUCAAAGUUCGUUUGUAUUUAUCAUGUUAAAGAACAGAUUCUCAUCAAGAAAUUUGAAAUAUCUUGCAAUCUUUCCUUAGAUGCAAUGGAGGAGUACUUGGAUCGUAGGAAAAUGACUGAAUUUGGCAGCAUGGCAUUAAUUGAUGAAGGAACUGGGGAUGAUGAUAGUGUUGCCAUCCCUCUUCCAGGAGUAAAAAGAGGUGACAUGAGUUCUCGAUACUUUAAACCAGAGAUAAGAGUGACCUGCCUCCACUUCUCUCCAACUGGUCGCAGCUGGGCAGCAACCACCACAGAAGGUCUUCUUAUCUACUCUUUAGACUCUGGUCUGAUCUUUGAUCCAUAUGACUUAGAAAUUGACAUUACGCCUAGCAGUAUUCGUAAAGUAUUGCAUCAGAAGGAGUACACCAAGGCUAUUGUCAUGGCUUUUCGACUGAAUGAGAAGAAACUGAUUCAGGAGGUUUUGGAAACUGUGCCACACGAUGAAAUUGAAGUAGUCUGCUCAUCACUCCCAGAAUUAUACAUAGAAAAGAUGCUUGAAUUUUUAGCCUCUUCCUUUGAGAAAUCUCGUCACUUGGAAUUCUACCUCAUGUGGACUCAGAGAUUGCUCAUGUUGCAUGGAUGCAAGUUAAAAACAAGGUCAGAGAAACUGCUGCCUACUAUUCAGUUUCUCCAGAAGAGCAUUCAGCAUCAUUUUGAAGAUCUUUCCAAACUUUGUGACUGGAAUUGUUAUAACAUGAAAUAUAUUCUGUCCAUUUCACAACAACGGGGUAUAAAACGUGCAGCAGAUGUAGCUGAAAAUGAUGAAGAUUUGCAGAAUUUGGAAGACUCCAGUGAUGACUCUCUUAUGGAAGAAUCAGCUGCGCUUUCAUGAAAAAACUUCUUUUAUUAAUUUUUGAGAACUUGUUCAUGCAGCAAUAAGUUUAAGCAGUGGUAUUCACUGAGAACUGAACAGCCCUCAUAGCGGCUUAUUUUGUACAGGUGAUUUGAAUGUGCAGCUUAAUGCUGUUAUGUUCCAGCCAUGGAUUUUUGCUUGGCUUCGGAUAAAGCAUGUAAAAGUGGAGCAGUCAUGUCGCCUCCAAUGUGAGUGGUAAAUGCUUCCACGCAUGCAUGGGACCCGUGUGUGUGGAAUUGGUUGGCAAAUUGCCUAAGUUGUUUUGGGUAUAAAAUCACUUCUUAUACCAUAAAGCAAUUAGAUACAAGGGCCACUAAAGAUCAACUAAAUGAGUGAAUUUAGAUCUGGAUGUAUAUGUCUUACAAGCAAAGCAAGGCUCAUUUUGAACUGCCCAGGGAGCUUUGGCUAUUGGGUGGUAUAAAAUGCAAUAAAUAAAUAAUAUCUACGGAUCAAAACUUUAGAAAUUGAUCAAGCAUAUUUUAUACAAGGUAUUUAUCAUGAAAUGUAUGCAGAUAUCAAAAUGAAAAUAUGAUAGAGAGAGGAAGGCGGGUUCAUAGCCUCAUAGGGUCUUUGGAGCCUAUUACGUCUAAUCACUUUUGUGAAGAAUGCGGUAUGUAAUAGUGUGCCUCAGUACAUUAAUUUUUUUGGGUGAUCGCAACAAAUACCCUGGUGUAGCUAUUACACUAGGAAGUACUACAGUGUUCUUGUGUUAAUAUUGUAGCUUGAAUUAAAACCAUGAAGACAUUC